CAAGUGAUUUUUUACUACGGGCGAAUGUCGGUCCGGAGUGGGCAUGGUAGACGACGAAGGAUGGGUUAGUCGCGCGGUGCUCGUUUUACGUCGUAAAAUUCGGAAGGAAGGCUAACUGGUGACCAACUCCAUGGCAGGCGAGGGAUGCUGACAGCGAGUAUUUGAUCGCGCAUUCGUGCCGUUACAAGCACACAAGCUGUCAGCCGCGAUGGAGAACCCAGCGCUGAAACUGACCGAUGCCGAGCAGCGCUAUUUCGGCGAGCUGUUCUCUGCUUACGACGUCGACGGCCAAGAAAAAAUAUCUGGUUCCAAGGCAUCUGAGCUGCUACUGGCAACACAGCUACCAACGGAAACGCUGCAGCAGAUAACCGAGCUGUGUGGUGCCAAACGCCUGGGCCAUUUUGGUCGUCCCCAGUUCUACCUGGCCAUGAAACUGAUAGCAGCUGCACAGGCUGGCCUUCCUCUCAAAAUGGACAUCUUCGCUUCGGGUGUAGAAGUUCCCCUCCCAAGGUUCCAUCGGCCUACGACCACGGUGAGUUGAAAUAAUGAUGGCACAUAGUAG